AUGGGCACGCUUACCGCUGGUUGCCCGCGCCUGGACACACAUUGUGAUCACAAGCUUGCGACAUCGUGUCGAUUGACAUCCACACCAAACUGCUGUGCUUGUGCCGAUGUGCGGGCUCACAGCUUGUCCUACAGAGUGUAUAUCGACGGUAUUGGGUUUGUCCAGCGAGGAACGAGGUGGCAAGGCUACUGCUGGUUCUGCAAAGAGUUCUGGACCAACCGUCUCGCUGCUACCGAGCCUCCGCUCGAGAUAUCGCAAACACGCAUACCUGCGAUCCCAGAUCAGGGGGAAUUCCUCGACCGCUGGUUUGAAUUUCAUCAGGGGUACCGGCUCGCAACGCGUCCCGAUGGUACCGAACAACGCAUUGCAGUGAUUGGAGAACCUCUGCAUGAAGUCAGCCCUGGCUUCCUGCCACGAACAUUAGAUCAGCUGCGAGCGGGCAUCGAGAAUGAUGCCAGGAGACCAGAGAAUAGGCUGAGACGGCGACGUUUGACGUCCGAGGACGAGAGGCCUGCUGAGCCGCAGCAGAGCCUGGAAGAUGCUCUUGACAGCCUGCUUGAAGAAGAAUCGGACAAUGGAACACCUGAGGAUACAAGCCUACCAACGCUCGAAAUGCCCACGUCGAACGACCCUGGGGCGCCGCAGCAGCAACCGACCAAUCCCACAGGAUCCUUGAGCCAAGCUGCGUCGCGGCGGCAGCGAGCUCAGGAGAGGUUCACUCGUGUAUUUGGGACCAUCGAGGACGUCCAACACGAUGACUACGAGUCCCCACUCUCCAACAUGUACAACCGAGCUUGGAACCGCUACCGUCAAGCUGAGGACUUACGGGCCGCUGAUAGCACCGAAGCGCCUCCUCUUGAAGGCCUGUCGGCGCAGGAACGUCGAGAGAUCGAAGAUCAGUUACUAUGGGGUGUGAUGCGGGAGUCGCAACUUGGCCAGGAACCAGAGAGCAAUGUGUGGAGUUAUGCCCCAGUCAGGUCUGUGUUAAACCAAGGUGAUGAUGCGAGGUCCGGCGAUGUAACCAUCACUCCACCUUGGGCGAACUUUCCAGCCACGAGCGCACCUCCAAGCGAGCCUAUUGCGACGACAUCGUCUUCCACCAGCGGUAUGUCCGAGGUCCGCCUCUCCCUCGAGCAGAUUACGAGCGAGUUGCAGCGUUUGCGCCUGGCAUCAGAAGCCGUCUCCUCUGCUCGGCAUGCUUUGCACGCUCAUCGUGCGCCUGAACGACCUUUCCCGACCCUAGAUAACCAGCCCGAUCGACCGCCACCAAAGACGGAUGUGGAAAUGACGAGAACGUUGGCGUGCCAGGUCUGCUAUCAACAAUUAGCCGACAUUGCUCUGUUGCCCUGCGGUCACAUGGUCAUGUGUCAGUGGUGUGCAGCUGUGGUUGUACCUGUCAAGCACUCGCAUAUUCCUAUCAGACCAUCGAAGUGCCCCAUGUGUCGAAAGCAGGUCAAGCAGAGGUUCAAGAUUCAUACGGGUUGA